AUGACCUCGGCCAACGACUACGAGCAGCUGGAGCUGCAGCAGCAGUUCGGCCGCAUCAACGUGCGCUGGGACGCGUCCGAUGAUGAGCUGGACAACGACAACAGCUCAGCCCGGCUCUUCGAGCGUUCCCGAAUCAAAGCUCUGGCAGACGAGCGGGAGGCGGUGCAGAAGAAAACCUUCACCAAGUGGGUGAACUCGCACUUGGCUCGUGUCACCUGCCGCAUCUCCGACCUCUACAUGGACCUCCGGGACGGGCGGGUGCUCAUCAAGCUCCUGGAGGUGCUCUCAGGAGAGCUUCUGCCCAAGCCCACCAAGGGCCGGAUGCGGAUCCACUGCCUGGAGAACGUGGACAAGGCGCUGCAGUUCCUGAAGGAGCAGCGGGUCCACCUGGAGAACAUGGGCUCCCAUGACAUCGUGGAUGGGAACCACCGCCUUCUCGUCGGCCUCAUCUGGACCAUCAUCCUCCGCUUCCAGAUCCAGGACAUCAUCGUGCAGACACAGGAGGGCCGGGAGACGCGCUCUGCCAGGGAUGCGCUGCUGCUCUGGUGCCAGAUGAAGACAGCAGGGUAUCCCCACGUGAACGUCACCAACUUCACCUCCAGCUGGAAGGAUGGGUUAGCCUUCAACGCCCUCAUCCACAGGCACAGGCCUGAGCUGGUUGACUUCCAAAACCUGACCAAAUCCAACGCCCGGCACAACCUGGAGCACGCGUUCAGCGUGGCGGAGCGGCACCUGGGCAUCACCCCGCUCCUCGACCCCGAAGAUGUGUUCACGGAGAACCCCGAUGAGAAGUCCAUCAUCACCUACGUGGUGGCCUUCUACCACUACUUCUCCAAGAUGAAGGUGCUGGAGGUGGAGGGCAGGCGCCUGGGCAAGGUCAUCGAGCACGCCAAGGAGACCGAGCGGAUGAUCGAGGGUUAUGGUGGGUUGGCCUCUGACCUGCUGACCUGGAUCGAGCAGACCAUCGCCUCCCUCAACAGCCGCAGCUUCGCCAACUCGCUGGCCGGGGUCCAGCACCAGCUCCAAGCCUUCAGCACCUACCGCACGGUGGAGAAACCCCCCAAGUUUCAGGAGAAGGGCAACCUGGAGGUGCUGCUCUUCACCAUCCAGUCGCGGAUGAGAGCGAACAACCAGCGCGUCUACACCCCGCACGAGGGGCGCCUGGUCUCUGACAUCAACCGGGCCUGGGAGCAGCUGGAGAAGGCGGAGCACGAGCGGGAGCUGGCGCUGCGCAACGAGCUCAUCCGGCAGGAGAAGCUGGAGCAGCUGGCGCGGCGCUUCGACCGCAAAGCAGCCAUGAGGGAGGCCUGGCUGAGCGAGAACCAGCGCCUGGUGGCUCAGGACAACUUUGGCCAGGACUUGCCAGCGGUGGAGGCAGCCAAGAAGAAGCACGAGGCCAUCGAGACGGACACAGCUGCCUACAAGGAGCGGGUGCAGGCCAUCGUGGCGGUGGCCAGGGAGCUGGAGCUGGAGGGCUACCACGACAUCCAGCGCAUCAACAAGCGCAAGGACAACAUCCUGCGGCUCUGGGAGCAGCUCCUGGAGCUGCUGGCCGCUCGGCGCCAGCGCCUGGAGAUGAACCUCACCCUCCAGCACCUCUUCCAAGAGAUGCUCCACAGCAUUGACUGGAUGGAUGAGGUCAAGGUGCAACUGGCAUCUCCCGAAGCUGGGAAGCACCUUCUGGAGGUGGAGGAGCUGCUGCAGACCCACCGGCUGCUGGAGCGCGACAUGGCCCUGCAGGCUGAGAAGACACGGGCCAUCAGCGCCGCCGCCCUGCGCUUUGCUGACGCUGAGGGCUACCGUCCCUGCGACCCCAAAAUCAUCCGGGACCGCGUGAGCCACUUGGAGAUGUGUCGACGGGAGCUGCAGGCGCUGGCAUCCCGGAGGAGAUCCCUGCUGGAGCAAUCCCGUUCCCUCUGGACCUGCCGGUGGGAGCUGGAUGAGGCGGAAAGCUGGAUCAAGGAGCAGGAGCAGCUCUACUCCUCCCUGGAUUUUGGGAAGGACCUCCCGGGCGUGUUACUGCUCCAACGCCGUCACGCCGCCUUCGAGGCCGAGCUCCCACGGGUGGGAGCUGCCGCCGCGGUUGGUGCUGCUGUGCCAUGUCAUGAGUUGCCACCCGUUCUCAGCCUGGUUGUCCCUCGCAGGCUGGAUGGGGUGGAGCAGGAGAUGGUCACCGUGGCUUCCCAGGUCGCUGCCGUCAACCAGGCGGCCGAGGGGCUGCUGGCCAGUGGUCAUCCCCGCAGCCCCCAGGUCCAGCAGUGCCGGGAGCAGCUCAACCAGAGGUGGGACCGGUUCCGGGCGCUGGUGGCUGAGCGUGGCCGGGCUGUGGGCUCAGCCCUGCGGCUCCUCAACUACCGCCUGGAGUGCGAGGAGACGCGGCAGUGCUUCCUCACCCAGUGCCACGACUUCCAGGAGUUCCUCCGCGACGCCAAGCAGGCAGAGAUCCUCCUCACUAACCAGGAGUACACGCUGGCGCACUUGGAGCUACCAGCCACGCUGGAGGGCUCGGCUGCUGCUUUACGCCGCUUCCAGGACUUCCCUGCCAGCCUGGAGAGCAGCGCUGAGAAGGUCCCUCAGGUGGUGGCCAAUGGCACCAAGCUGGUGGCCGAGGGGAAUAUCUUCUCUGAGAAGAUCGCCGAGAAGUGCCAGGCCCUCCAGGAGCGGCACGGGGCUGUGGUGGCCAAGGCGGAGGAGGCAUCAGGUUUGCUGCAGGACAACCAUGAGCUGCAGACCUUCCUACAGAGCUGUCGGGAGCUCGAUGGUUGGGUGGAGGAGAAGAUGCUGACAGCCCAGGAUAUCUCUGAUGGUGAAGUCCGUGGGCUUCAAAGCAAGUGGCAGAAGCACCAGGCGUUCAUGUCCGAGCUGGAGCCCACCCAGGGCUGGCUGGAGAAGAUUGAGAUGGAGGGGAAGGAGCUGUCCAGCCACAAGCCGCAGUACGGUGAGGUGGUGGGACGGCAGCUGCAGGAGCUGCGGGGGCGGUGGGACGGGCUGCGCGGCGCUGCCGAGGAGAAGGGCCGGCGGCUCUUCGAGGCCAACCGCGCCACGCUUUACGCCCGGAGCUCGGAGGAGCUGGGCAGCUGGCUGGGACGGGCUGAGGAGGAGCUGCGAGCUGCCGAGCAGGCCAAGGACCUCACUGCCACCAACCUGCUGCUGAAGAGGCUGACGAGACUGGAAGAGCAAGUGAGAGGGCGGAUGAAGGAGCUGGAAGAGCUGGAGGCCUAUGGGCCUUCCCCCGUUGGGGAUGUGCCAGAUGCUGGUGGGGAUGAGCAGGGGCUCCGGCGUCGGUUCCUCGACGUGCUGGAGCCGCUGGAGAGGAAGAGGAAGGGGCGGCACCGGCGCCUGCGGGAAGCCGAGGAGGCUCAGCAGUACUACCUGGAUGCUGGCGAGGCCGAGGCCUGGGUCAGCGAGCAGGAGCUCUUCAUGGGAGCUGAGGAGAAGCCAAAGGACGAGGAGAGUGCAGCAGGGAUGCUGAAGAAGCACGAGCGGCAGCAACGCGCCAUCGAGGACUAUGGCCAGGCCAUCAAGGAGCUGGCAGCCAGGGCCCAGCAGCUGCUCUCUGCUGGCCACCCGGAGGGGGAGCAGAUCAUCCGGCUGCAGGGCCAGGUGGACAAGCACUACGCGGGGCUGAAGGAGGCGGCUGAGGAGCGUCACCGGCGCCUGGAGAACAUGUCCCACCUCUUCCAGCUGAAGCGGGAGGUGGAGGACCUGGAGCAGUGGAUCGCUGAGCGCGACGUGGUCGCCUCCUCCCAGGAGAUGGGGCAGGACCUGGACCACGUCACGCUCCUGCGGGAGAAGUUCCGGGAGUUUGCACGGGAGACGGGCAGCGUGGGGCAGGAACGGGUGGACCGGGUGAACUUGACCAUCGAGGACCUCAUUGACGCGGGACACGCGGAGGCGGCCACCAUGGCCGAGUGGAAGGAUGGGCUGAACGAGAGCUGGGCUGACCUCCUGGAGCUGAUUGACACCCGCAUGCAGCUCCUGGCCGCCUCCCACGACCUCCACAAGUAUUUCUACGAUGGCUCCGAGCUCCUGAGCCUCAUCGCCAACCGGCGCCAGGAGCUGCCCCAGGACCUGGGCGAAGACGCGGGCACGGUGGGAGCUUUCCACCGCAUGCACAGCGCCUUCGAACGGGACCUUCGGCUGCUGGAGACGCAGGUGCAGCAGUUUCGGGAGACGGCCGCUCGUCUCCAGACCUCCUAUGCCGGGGAGAAGGCAGCUGGCAUCCAGGAGCAGGAGCAGGAGGUGGCCCGAGCCUUUCGGGAGCUGCUGGAGGCCUGCAGCGGGCGCCGGACCCGGCUGGAGGACACGGCUGACAAGCACCGUUUCUUCAGCAUGGUGAGGGACCUGCUCUCCUGGAUGGAAAGCACCGUCCGGCAGAUCGAGACGCAGGAGAAGCCCAGGGACGUCUCCUCAGUGGAGCUGCUCAUGAAGUACCACCAAGGCAUCAGGGCUGAGGUGGAUGCCCGGGACAAGAACUUCACCACCUGCAUCGAGUUGGGCAAGAAGCUGCUGCAGCGCAAGCACCAGGACUCGCCUGAGAUCAAGGCAAAGCUGGUGGAGCUGGUGGAGAAGAGGAAAGCCAUGAUGGAGACCUGGGAGCAGCGCUGGGACCGGCUGCGGCUACUGCUGGAGGUCUGCCAGUUCUCCCGGGAUGCCUCGGUGGCCGAGUCGUGGCUCAUGGCCCAGCAGCCCUACCUGGCCAGCAGAGACUACGGGCAGACGGUGGACGCGGUGGAGAAGCUGCUGAAGCGGCACGAAGCCUUCGAGAAGUCCUCAGCCACCUGGGAGGAGCGGAUCGCUGCCCUGAGGAAGCUGACAACGCUGGAGCUCCUGGGCGGGCGGACGCUGAGCGAGGGGCUCGGACGGGAUGGGACAAGACGCUCCGAGGCUCCGGAAUAUCGCCUGGAUCUGGAUGGGGAGCUGGAGGCCGGGUCAGAGGAGGAGGAGGAGAAGAGGAAGGACACGAGCCCACGGGACACUUCACCCACCGCCGAUGGACCAGAGCCGGUCAGUUCUCCAGUUUAGCUUUCUCCUUCCCUGGCACCACAAAAUGAACCGGCCACCUUACCCGCCCGUCCCACCAGUGUCCAGCUGGAGGGCUACCUGGGCCGCAAGCACGACCUGGAGGCGGCCACCAAACGGGCUUCCAACCGGUAG